CGGUCGCUCUUUGCCGUAAAUCGAACGAAAUCGAAAACAAAUCGAAGCCGAAGCUAAGAAUUUAUCGAAGCAAUUCAAUAAAACCUGAUCAUUUCCGGUCAUAUGCGUGCGUUUUUUAUUGUAAAAAGUAAAACAAAAUAAAACCCCAGAGUAACUGCUGCAUCCCUCCCUUUCGCACUCGCGACUCACGCACCCCGCAGCAGAAAAAAAAAUAAUAUAAAAUCAGCAACAGCAAGCUCUGCUAAUUUUAAACGACAGGCGCAAAUGGCAACCUCCUUGUGGAUGUGACAGUGGAUGCGAAUGCUCGAGCGGAUUAUGCAACAGCGGCCAGACUUUGGAGAGAUCGAGAGGGGUUCGCAGAUAGACGGUUUAAUUAUCAGUGCCAGAUUAUUAUCACCGCAGCGGCAAUGCAGCGGUGAUUGCCGACGAGGAGAGUACCGCUUGCGGAAUGCAUCUAGUUACCUGACUAUUUCAAAAACAUCCGAGCCGCCGACGAGAGCAGAGAGCAGCAGGUCCCCAGCCUUCAAAAAAAAAUAGUAUCCGGAGUGAUAAUUGCUAGUAAUUAGCGGGGGAAUUAAAAAAGAGAAACCUUUUGAGGGAAAAAAAUCCUAUCCAGUCAUGCUGCCCACGGACAAGGGCAGUUCGGCGGUCCCUGCUCAUUGCCAAGAUCAGCAGCUCCUCCAGCACCUCCAUCCACAUCCGCACAUCACCAUCGCCACCAGCACCGCGCACCAUGGUCACCUGUCCUCCGCCUGCGAGAAGCGUUUGGAGGCGGAAACGCCGAGAAGGGAUCUCCAUGAGCUGCUCCUCGAAAUGCUGGACAUGCUGAUGUCCUGCCUCGUGGUGGCUCCUUGUGUGAUUGCCUACUGGCGGGGAACCUGGGAACUGAUGUUCGUCUACCUGUUCCCCGGCAGUUUACCCUUAUCAGCCAUGGCCAGCUUUCUGAUCGGCGGACUGGGACACUUCUUCUUCACCGUCACGCAGAACUUCUUCAAGGAGCACAUUCAUCCGGACCGGAGGCGACUCACCUACUACGCUGUUUCCAGACUUUAUACGGCUGUUUUUGGCAUCGUCUGCGUGAAUAUGUGGCGGGGAGCCUGGCUGCUCUGCGACUGGCUGACCAGCGUGGAUUCGUUGAUCAUCGUCUCCAUUGUGACCGCCAUUGCACUCAUCUUUCUGGUGGCCACCAGGACGCUGAGGAACCUGGGUGCAGCCCCCUACACCGUGACCAUGGACCACAAGAGCGACUACUUCGAGGUGGACACCAUGUUCAAAAUACCCGGUUUUCAUCAACCUGGCCUGUAUGUGUUGGACACCCUCUUCUCGGUCUUUGUGAUUGGCAGUCUGGUGGUCAUCGCCUGGCGUGGAGUUUGGGGAAUCUUUGAUCUGCUGCUGUUUCCCGCCGAUAGAGCCAAGUCAGCCUGGGGAUCGCUGCUCAUUGGUUACCUGACGGUGUUUGUGACGUUCCUUAUUCACCCGCUGAUGCGGUACGUCUGCCGCAGGAUCAGUGGACUCCUCAAGCUGAUCAUAUGCGACAUUUACUAUCUGAUGACUUUCUUUGGGGCUGUGAAUGCCUGGCGCGGCAUUUGGAAUCUGCUGGAUGUGUAUCUGUAUCCAGAUAACAAGUUGCUCAGCUUCUGGCUGACGCAUCUCGUUCCUUUCCUGCUCCUCGCUGCCCUCAAGUGCUCCAACUCGAUCCUGGUGCGCGGGGUGUUCAUCGAUGCCGAGGGCGUGGGAGCCGAUAGCGUCGAUAUACCCAUCAACUAUGUGCGGCUGCACUUCCUCCGCGAACGCCGGAAGAAAUCUGGCCACCAAGUCAAUCCGAAAUCCAAUCCACAGCCUCCGCCGCCGCAUUAUUAUUUAAAACCGGAGCACGCUUCACUUGGCCGGAAUGCGGAGAAGGACAAGGAGGCCCAGAGCAGUCUCAUCGAAAAGCCGCCCCAUUCCCAUCCCGCCGUGCAGAUCGUUUAGGGAUCCUGGGGGAUAGGAUUCCCGGCUCAUUGUUACCGUUAAUAUCGUUUCUAUGUCUAGAUGUUAAACUAGUUUUAAACGCCUAAGCUUAAUCCUAACGAGCUUACUUAAGAGUCACAUGUUUAGCAUUAACCCAUAGAUGUAGUACCAAUCCAAAACCAGAUCCCGCAUCCCAAAGCUGUACAGAAAAUUUAAGGAACGACCAUAUUUAGACCAUAAGUAUAUUUGCAUUUCCACUGCAGACUUAUGUUUGCAAACUUUAACCUGGUGACGAACGCACCUUCACCUGGUGACCCACUCACACUAGCUAAGUGAUAACGAUUCAACUACGAGUAUAAACAUUGUACAUUGAUAUUUUCAUAUAUCGCAAGAAAUAAAUAAAUAAAUUUGUAAAUAUUACAUAUAUAACCAA